CACCGGGCGCCUCCCCCGCCCUCCCCGCCCCGCGCUCGCCCCGGUCCUCCCCCCGCCCCGGCGCCGUUUCCCCCGCAGCCGGGCGGGGGAGGAGGAUGGAAACACCCUUCUACCAUGAUGAUGUGUUGAGCGGCCUCGGCAGCGGCUUCGCCCCGUCCUCCGGCAGCAGCGGGCUCCUCCUGCCUUUCCCCGGCGGCAGCAUGAUGAAGAAGGACGCGCUCGGGAUGGCCUUACCGGAACAGGUGGCGGCGGCGCUGAAAGCCCCCGGCGCGGCCAGCGGCGAGGCGGCGGGGCUGCUGGGCUCGGCCGACCUGGGACUGCUCAAGCUGGCGUCCCCGGAGCUGGAGCGGCUCAUCAUCCAGUCCAACGGGCUGGUCACCACCACCCCGACCAGCGGCCAGUUCCUCUACCCUAAAGCGGCCGCCUCCGAGGAGCAGGAGUUCGCCGAGGGUUUCGUGAAGGCGCUGGAGGACUUGCACAAGCAGAACCAGCUGGGCGGCGGCGCGGCGGGCAGCGGCGGCGGCGCGGGCGGCGGCGGUGGGGGAGGAAGCGGCGGCGCGGGCGAGCUGCCCGCCGCCGGGAUGGCCCCGGAGCCGCCGGUGUACGCCAACCUCAGCACCUACCCGGCCGUCAGCUACGCCGCCGACCCCGGCCCGUUCGCGGCGCCGCCGCCGCGGCUGCCGCCGCCGCCGCCCCCGCCGCCGCUAAAGGACGAGCCGCAGAUCGUGCCGGAGGUGCCGAGCUUCGGGGAGAGCCCGCCGCUGUCCCCCAUCGACAUGGACACGCAGGAGCGCAUCAAGGCGGAACGGAAGCGGCUGAGGAACCGCAUCGCCGCCUCCAAGUGCCGCAAGAGGAAGCUGGAGCGGAUCUCCCGGCUGGAGGAGAAGGUGAAGAGCCUCAAGAGCCAGAAUACGGAGCUCGCCUCCACCGCCAGCCUGCUCCGCGAGCAGGUCGCCCAGCUCAAGCAGAAGGUGCUCAGCCACGUCAACAGCGGCUGCCAACUCCUGCCCCAGCACCAGCACCAGGUGCCGGCGUACUGACCCCGGGGGGGGCCCGAGCCCGGGCAAGGACCCAGGGAAGCGCUGGGGGAGCGCCCGCCCUGCCCCGGGCAUGGACCGAGGGGAACGGGGGGAGCGCCCACCCCCGCCCCGGGAACGGACCGAGGGGUCCCGGGCAUGGACUGAGGGGAGCGGGAGUAGCGCCCUGCUCGCCCCGGGCGCGGACUGAGGGGUCCCGAGGGGAGGAAGAAGAGCGAUGAUCGCCCCCGCUCCCAUCUCCCCGGACACGGACUGAGGGGUUUGAGGGGAGGACCGGGACCGGCUCCGGAUGGUGGGCACUGAGCACGCCCCGCUCCCCGCGCACGGACUGAGGGGGGCCCGGGCCUUCCCUCCCGGCCCUUCCGCGCCCCACACAUUCCAGUCAGGUCCCAGUAAAACCCCACGACACGGAGAA